CACCGUGCCAUUGUACUGGGCGGCUACACGCUGCGGCGGUAUUGAUAGGCUAUGGCAGCGGCGCUGGCUGUGCAUGUAGGCCCCUUACAAGUUCCGGUCUAGACUGACGGAGAUCAGCGAUGACGCAAAAUCGGCAGCUGCUUCUUCACGAGCCACUCGACACGACUAUGGUCGUUAUUGCGCUGCUGAGUACACGUCCGACAGACGUCUACACUGCGCGUUUUGAGCAGUCCUUUUCCAAUCUCUCGAUCUUGGCUGGCGAUGCAUGACGGCAUGUCAAAAGUGUCGCGGAUCUUACUCGAACACUUCCUGUUGGUUCAGUCAGACGAAGUCCCACGAUGGGGUCGGAGACGGAGUGGGCUCCGUGUAUCGAAGUCUUCAAUCGUCCCGCCUCUGAAAGCUCUGCUGACGAGGUAUGACGAGCCCAUGAACGAUAGAAGUUUGGGGGUCUUGCAACUAUGGCUUGGCCGGACUUGCCGAUGCCUAGAGUACGUUCUAGCAGUGCGUCAGCUGCUACAACGUUGUAGCGUGGACGGUAUGGCCGUCUUGGCUGUGCCAGUUGACCGUCAGUCGCCGCAACACGAGCCGGAGAUUUCAGCUUUCAUUGCAACCUCAUCGGAGCAGAGUCCGAGGAUGUCAGCUUGGCGGCCAGCAUGUGCAAGCCACAAUGACAUGGGGCGGUAUCGACGAGCCUGCACGCCAUGUUGCAUGAAGUCAGUACGGUGUUUGGUCCGGCAUGCGCGUCGAAUCGCACUCACGCAAAGCCGACGGCUGGCGGAGAUUCAAAAGCAUCGUGUAUAAGAUUCGCGUAGGACGAGAGAUGUUGGUGGAAAUCGCUGCGAGAUGAUCAAACAUCGACGUAUGCGGCGCCCUUCACUUAAUGAUGUCCACUUGCAAGGUUGGACGGAAGAAUGCUGGGAACGGCGAUUGAGUGUCGAGUAAAGAGUCAAAUAUGCAUCGCGACGGUCCUCUUUCCCAAACAGGA